AUGACGGUUUCUGGGUUGGUAAAAGGAAAAAUAAUCUACUUCCAGCAGUUGCAAGACCAGCGUCUGCAUGGGAAUAUCUUGGUGGACAAGCCCAAUGAUCAGUCCUCAAGAUGGUCUUCAGAAAGCAAUUACCCUCCCCAGUAUUUGAUUCUGAAACUUGAAAGACCUGCCAUAGUCCAGAGUAUCACAUUUGGCAAAUAUGAGAAAACGCAUGUCUGCAAUUUAAAGAAGUUUAAAGUCUUUGGUGGCAUGAAUGAGGAAAACAUGACAGAUCUCUUAUCCAGUGGCUUAAAGAAUGAUUAUAACAAAGAAACAUUCACCUUGAAGCAUAAAAUUGAUGAACAGAUGUUCCCCUGUCGAUUCAUUAAGAUAGUUCCACUCUUAUCCUGGGGACCUAGCUUCAAUUUUAGUAUCUGGUAUGUUGAACUUAAUGGCAUUGAUGAUCCAGAUGUGGUCCAGCCGUGCCUCAACUGGUACAGUAAGUACCGUGAACAGGAAGCCAUUCGCCUUUGCCUAAAGCAUUUUCGUCAGCACAACUACACCGAAGCUUUUGAGUCGCUGCAGAAGAAAACCAAGAUUGCUCUGGAGCACCCUAUGUUGACAGACCUGCAUGACAAACUGGUAUUGAAGGGAGACUUCGAUGCUUGUGAAGAACUGAUAGAAAAAGCUGUGAAUGAUGGCUUAUUCAAUCAGUAUAUCAGUCAACAAGAAUACAAACCUCGCUGGGGGCAGAUCAUCCCCAAAAGCACCAAAGGUGAUGGGGAAGACAGCCGACCAGGGAUGAGAGGUGGCCAUCAGAUGGUUAUAGAUGUUCAGACAGAAACUGUUUAUUUGUUUGGUGGCUGGGACGGAACUCAGGAUCUGGCUGACUUCUGGGCAUACAGUGUGAAAGAAAACCAGUGGACCUGUAUAUCCAGGGAUACCGAGAAAGAGAGUGGUCCUAGCGCCAGAUCUUGUCACAAGAUGUGCAUUGACAUUCAACGAAGGCAGAUCUACACACUGGGACGCUAUCUGGAUUCCUCCGUGAGGAACAGCAAAUCUCUGAAAAGUGACUUCUAUCGCUAUGACAUUGACACAAACACAUGGAUGUUACUAAGUGAAGACACUGCAGCGGAUGGAGGUCCAAAGCUGGUGUUUGAUCAUCAGAUGUGUAUGGAUUCUGAAAAACACAUGAUAUAUACCUUUGGAGGCAGAAUUCUGACCUGCAACGGCAGUGUUGAUGACAGCAGAGCCAGUGAACCGCAGUUCAGUGGAUUGUUUGCUUUUGACUGCCAAUGUCAGACGUGGAAACUUUUGAGAGAGGAUUCCUGUAAUGCUGGACCUGAGGAUAUCCAAUCCCGAAUAGGACACUGUAUGUUGUUUCAUUCUAAAAAUCGCUGCUUAUAUGUAUUUGGUGGCCAGAGAUCGAAGACUUAUUUGAAUGACUUCUUCAGUUAUGAUGUAGACAGCGAUCAUGUGGAUAUCAUAUCAGACGGCACUAAGAAAGAUUCAGGGAUGGUUCCAAUGACAGGUUUCACUCAAAGGGCUACCAUUGAUCCAGAACUGAACGAAAUCCAUGUCUUGUCAGGGCUCAGUAAAGACAAGGAGAAGCGGGAAGAGAAUGUAAGGAAUUCCUUCUGGAUUUAUGACAUUGUGAGGAACAGCUGGUCUUGUGUCUAUAAAAAUGACCAAGCAGCAAAAGAGAAUCCAGGUAAAAGCCUUCAGGAAGAGGAACCCUGCCCAAGGUUUGCUCAUCAACUGGUGUACGAUGAGUUGCACAAGGUUCAUUACUUAUUCGGAGGGAAUCCUGGUAAGUCCUGCUCUCCAAAGAUGAGAUUAGACGAUUUCUGGUCUCUGAAGCUCUGUCGACCUUCAAAGGAAUACCUGCUAAGACACUGCAAAUACCUCAUAAGAAAGCACAGGUUUGAAGAGAAAGCUCAGACUGACCCUCUUAGUGCACUGAAGUACCUGCAGAAUGAUUUGUAUGUAACUGUGGAUCACUCAGACCCUGAGGAGACAAAAGAGUUUCAGCUUCUUGCCUCAGCAUUAUUUAAGUCUGGUUCGGAUUUCACCACUCUUGGAUUUUCAGAUGUUGACCACACGUACGCGCAGAGAACUCAGCUGUUUGAUACACUAGUCAACUUCUUUCCAGACAACAUGACCCCUCCUAAAGGCAACCUGGUAGACCUCAUCACGCUGUGACGGAGCAAUCACUGGACUGUGGAAGAGGGGAAAAGCAUCCAUUUUCAGUAUUUUAAUUUUUUUACUGCAUUGAUUGACUGCUGGGAUGAAGUAAUAUAGCAACCCCUAGGUGUUUGAGAGGGGUUUUAUACUUGUAUGGUGAAUCCCUGAAGCUUUUCCCUUGGAGUAGGUUAAUAAAAUGUAACUGACGUACUUCCAACUAAAUAUAUAUAUUUUUUCUGACUUUGGAUUUUGAGUUAGCAAAUGUAAGAUGAAAAGGUGGGGGGAAAGAAAAAAAAAUAAAACCCAAUCAUGC